GGAUAUUGCGUCACUGCUCAACGCUCUACCUGACCUCGCGGUCCGGUGACGUCUGGCUUCUCGUGUGGAUAGCCAAGAUGGACUUUGCUCCAGAGGAAUCUUGAAAUGUCUGUUUUGAUCUUUUGAAACAUCUCACUGUGCAGCUCAGCAGGGGAAUGUCAGAUAACCAAGGGAACAAUGGGGAAAUACUUUUACUGCACAGGUUUGCUGAAAAGCACCUGGGACCAAGUUUGCAUUGCUUUCUGGCAACGUUACCCCAAUCCUUACAGUAACCAUGUCUUGACAGAGGACAUCAUCUUCAGAGAGGUAACCCCGUCCAACUGCCUCAUUUCCAGACGUCUGUUGACCAAAACUAGCCGUUCACCUCGCUGGAUGGAGCGGUACCUCCCAAAGCACAUGUCCAGCUCGGCCUACAUCAUUGAGGACUCCAUUGUGGACCCUCAGAAACAGACCAUGACCACUCUAACAUGGAACAUCACCCACGCCCGCCUCAUGUCGGUGGAGGAGCGCUGUCACUACCAAAUCAACCCAGAGAACGGCUCCUGGACGGAGAUCAAAAGGGAAGCCUGGAUCUCUUCCGGUGUCUAUGGUCUUUCUAGAGCUAUUCAGGAAUUCGGUUUGGCAAGGUUCAAGAACAGCGUCACAAAGACCAUGAAAGGCUUUGAGUAUGUGCUCGCUAGAAUGCAAGGUGAAACUCCAUCUAGAACAUUAGCAGAGACUGCAACGGAGCGAGCAAGGGAGACAGCGCUGGCAGCUAAAGAGAAAGCAAAGGACCUCGCUUCACAUGCGCAGAAGAAACAAUACGUGUGAUGCAGCAGCUGCAGCCUCUUACCCUGGGACACAUUUACAUGUAGCCACUCUGAUUGUUCACUCAGUUGUUGGGUGAUUUGCAACAGAUCCCAGUCUUGGUUUGAAAACGUCUCUGUGAGGACACAGCGGUGGGUGGACCAUAAUAAAAAAAAGGCCUGAGCUGGGUUCAAGAGCCUGUUCUGGCCUCCCUGAUUGUGUUUAUUGUACCUCUAACAGUCCAUUUAGUAUUUACCGCAGCAGAAAUGUUUGGAAUGGGUGGUUGAUUAUGGCCAUGGCUGCCAUAAAAUUGAUAAUUUACAACUGGAAGUGUUCCUUAAGCCACUGCUCAACCUCUGUACCCAACAGGUUCUGCCUUUUUUUAUACUCCAGUUCUCUGAACAUCAUGUUUCCUUUUAUGACUUUAACCAGUCAGUUCUCUGUUAUUCAUUUCAGUGUUUUAAUGCCAAAUACAGUACAAUCCUGUUGGUUCAGUUCAGCCAAUCCUAAAAACCCUUAUAAUGCGUCUCUGCCGUCACGCAAAGAUCUGUACCUAAGUUCCCUGAUCCUUGUAAUGCUGUUCUUGCUCAAACGAUAAAAGUAUCAUUUGGUCAAUAAACGGACAUUUCCUUAA